AUGUCUUGUACUCACUUAAUAUGUAUAAUAAUAUAUCUUUUUACAAGUCCUCAUUUAAUAGAAUCUAAGCGUAUAUCUGAUUCGAGUCUUGAUUUAAAUGAGAUCGUUUAUCAUGAUGAACCAUCAAGAAUUUAUCUGGGAUCACCAUCGAUUAUUCGUCUAUCAUCAGGUCGUCUAGUUGCUAGUCAUGAUUUUUUCGGUGCUGGUUAUAUAUCUCAACCAAGAAAUGUUUCGAUUUAUACCAGUGAUGAUAAUGGUGAAACAUGGUCGUUUAUUUCUUAUAUUAAACAUAGUUAUUGGACAACAUUAGCUGUUUACAAUGGUUUAAUAUAUGCAAUAGGUACCAAUAGUGAUUCAAAUGCGAAUGUAAUAAUUCAUCGAAGUAAUGAUAAUGGUUCAUCGUGGAUUUAUAAUGGAAACGACGAUGGUGUUAUUUUAUUUCAUGGGUCAUUUGCAACAGGUCCAACGCCCAUCGUUAUUGCUGAACAAGUUAUGUAUCGUGCUGUUGAACAGUGGCCAGCGCCUUUUCAAUGGCCUAAAGAUUUUCAAGCAGCAAUCAUCAGUUGUAAUCUAUCGAAACCAAUUGAAUCGUCGACAGCAGAUGAUCCUAUAAUGUCACCUAACAAUUGGCGAUUGACGACACCCCUUGUUUUCAAUAAAGAAUGGUUACCAAAAUCAUUUCCAAAUUUAACUGCACCGGGAUAUUUAGAAGGAAAUAUUGUUAUAGUACCUAAAUCAUCAUCCAAUGAAACACGUGUAUUAAAUAUCAUGAGAUUUAAUUCCAUACCAUUAUCAAACUUAGCAAUUAUUUUAGAAUUAAAUAAAACAACAAAUACACUUUGUUUUGUUUCAAUCACAAAUUUUCCUGGUGGUAUGACUAAAUUUACAAUACGAUACGAUCCAGUGACUGAAGCUUAUUUUUCAUUAGUAAAUCCUGUCACACAAAAUUUUGAACCAACUCAACGGAAUAUAUUAAGUUUGUCGUAUACAAAAGAUAAAAUUCACUUGAGCAAUUGGACUAUCGUUGCUGAUCGACUCUUAUAUGAUGAUACGGGUUUUACAAUAAAUGAUAGUCUUCUUUAUACUGGUUUUCAUUAUGUCGAUUGGCAAUUUGACGAAUUCUCAUCAUCAUCAUCAUCAUUUAAUAGUAAAGCAAGUUGUAUUGAAUGGAAUUGUGAUGGUGGUCCUCAUAUUAUUUAUGCAAUUCGUACAUCUUAUCGUGGUGCUAAUUCAUUUCAUAAUUCAAAUCGUAUUACUUAUAAAACAUUGAAAGAUUAUCGUGAAAUGAUAAAAUAA